AUGUUUCAUCUUGCCCAAAUACUUCUCUUAACUACAAACCCCUUACAAGACACCAAUAGCCUACUUGCUUUCCGUACAAUAGAAACACAAUUAAUUUAUCACGCACGACAAAUAUGCGGCAUUGCGCAAAGUAGGCCAGAUGGAAGUUGCCGUGUCAACUCAGUUCAGCCUCUCUACUAUGCGGGGUGUUGCUUCAACAGAGAUGAUGAGAGAAAAGCGACAGUUAAGCUACUUGAAGAUAUUGAAAAUGAACUUGGUUGGGCGUCAAUCUAUAGAGCUCGGGACUUGGAAGCAAUAUGGAGCUGA